AUGCUUUGGGCCUUGAGGCCUAAGCUCCUGGGGAGGAAGGAAGGAAGGAAGUCCUCCUCCUCCCCAGGAACUCUCCUCCCAAGGUCCAACCUUGGGAGGAGAGGCGCCCAUGGCACCUCCCGCAGCAGCUCCGCCCACGGCCCCGACGCCGAACCCCUGUCGCCCCCGCUCCGGCACCGGCCCCCAAAUCCAAGGCCCCACCCGUCCGGCCGUCCCCCUCCGCCUCCCCGACCUCCUCCCCCCGGCUCCCCCGACCUCCUCCUCGGCCACCUCUUCCGAGAUCCCCUCCACCGAGACCCCCUCCUCCCCGGAAAGCCCACGGCCCUCGGAAAACCCCGCGCCUCCGCGACGGGAGGCGGCGACGACGGCGGGCAACUAUGCCCUAGUUGCACAACCCGAGGAGAGCAUGGGCUCACCACGGUUGACAGGGAGCUCCGGCAGCGGGUUAGCCGGCGGUGGACGGGUGCGGCCGGCCAGGCGGAGUCGGUGCUCACGCCGGACGGCGGCGGCGCCGGUGCUGGAUGUGGCUCGGUCUACACAAAGCCCAACCGGGCUGAGCCGAACAAGACGGCGGCGCUGGCGGCCGGGAGAGGUCGGGGGUGCACAGGGGCGACGGCGGUGGUUCGCCGGAGGCCGAGGGAAGGCGGCGCAGCGGAUCUGGAGUGGCGGCGGCGCGCGGGCCUCGAGCCCAACGUGCUCGGUCUGGGUUGA